AUACGAAAUUAGAUACAACAAUUACACCACGUUCUAAUCACAUUUUUUUAAACAUUAUCAGGCGGGGUUUGACUUGAAGCGACACACCCAUACAGUCUGAACCACCUCUUGACAGUUGGAAACGGUUUGACCUGCGCGCAUUCACCUAACGACGUGUGGGAGUGUGAACGUGUCCUGGAGCUCAUCGGACGUCAGGAGGGAGACUGUUUAGGGGCAGAGCCACUGGACGUAUCCGACAAGAGCGAACCGGAAUCCGGGCCAAACCCAGCGAGAAGACCCCCGUUCCGUCGACUUGAACCCAGACUGGUUUACCGCCAGCUGCUGUUGUUCUGGAGACUUCCGCGAAAGAAACACUGGGCGGCAUGUAGCUCCGAAAAACACCGGAUACAACAGCCGUUACCAGGAGAACGACUUCCGUUAAAAAACGACGGAGGGACACCGUUUCAGUCGAUAUCUGCCGGGAAGCGUCGGCAUGUAGCCGCUCAGUGUUCAGGCUGUCAUCAUGAAGAAGCGAGCCAAAAAGGUGCUGGAGGAGGAGGAGACUUUGUGCUGCUGCGAGUAUGUGAACAGAGCUGGAGAGCGCAGCCAUGUGGCAGCCUGCUGCUGUGACUGUGAGGAUCUGGAUGACGCCUGUGACAGGUUCAUGAAGAGGGAGCCUCAGAAACCUGAAUCCCUGUCUCAUGUGGCUGCAGUUGUCUCAGACCGGAUUCGUGUACCCUGGUUUUGGGGUGGAGCCCGAAGAGUGGACCUGUCUGUCAUCCCGCCUCUUAUCCUCCUCCCGGUCUUGCUGCACCUCGCUGCUCUCCACUUCCUGCUGGGCAUGGUGACUCUGACAGCUCUGCCCGGCCUGGUGCUGUGGUACUACUAUUUCACCCACCGAAAGAAAGGACGGACACUCUUCUUCCUCAGCCUCGCCCUCUUCUCCCUGGCGUACAUGUACUACUUGUUCAUCACUGAGGUGUUUCCCCGUGGGGAUGUUGGCAAUGUGCAGGUAGGAGUGGUAACUCUAGGGGUCAUCCUCACCUUGGUAGCCCUCGUCCACACCACCAAGAGAGAACCUGGCAUCGUGCGUCCAGACCAAGAGGCCGUCCACAGCACAGUGACAUAUUACAGCCCUUUGGCAGACAAAGACCCUGCCGUCAAUGGAGGGAGGCAGGAUGUGACCAUGACGGUAGCGAACCGGGCGGGAUCGUCGGAGCAUGCGGAGGUGGAGCUGAAGGAAAGCGGCCGAAGGAACUGGUGUCCGGUGUGCAGGGUGGUGCGGCCCCCGAGGGCGGGACAUUGUCGCAUCUGUGGUGUCUGCGUGCUGCGUCUCGACCACCACUGUGUCUGGAUAAACAGCUGUGUGGGUCAGGCCAAUCACCGCAGCUUCCUGCUUACGCUCGUCCUCUUCCUGUUGACGUCCCUGUGCGGGAUCAGCCUGGUGCUGCGGAGUGUGUGUCCGGAUCAAUACCUCGUCCUCACCCUGCUCUACUGCCCGGGGGUCUACAACCAGUACAGCACUGCACUUUGCUUCACCUGUGCGUGGUACAGCAGCAUUGUGACCUGUGGGCUGCUCCACCUGCUGCUAGUGCAGAUCAUCAACGUCAGCUACAACGUAACUGAGCGCGAGGCACGCACAGCUCUGCGAGACAAAACCGCUCGCAGCGCUUACUGGGGCCUCGUCGUGGACACUGGCGUCUACUCUCGAGGCUUCCGUGGCAACUGGGCAGAGUUCAUGACCAUGGGAGAAAAACUGAACCCACCUUCUCCCGUCCCAGCAGACCUGGUUGCCUUGCUGGGAGACGGAAUACAAGAAAAAAGUGAGAAUGAGUAAUCUGUUCUGGUUCUCAUUUUCUCUGAACAGUGUGUCAGAAACAAGACGAUUUCUGCCUCCGGAGUUUUUCAGUCCUGCACAAAAGAUGUACUGAACAUCUUGUUAAGGAUGGUCUCUUUGCACAGAUGAGUCAAACAUUUCAGCACAAGCCACAUAUACUACCGGACUAUCAGUUAAACAGCUUUUCAUUGCAUUAAACAUAAUGAAUAGUUAUGAAUAAGCUGGUAUGAACUGAUUCAUGAAUUAAACGGCUGCGGAAGUAUGGCAAAGGCAAAUAAAUCAAUGCAUUUGUGUCACCUUGAGAGUUAGUUUUUUGAUGUUGCUGCUUUUAUUAGAUUAUCUCAAAGGGAUUUAAAAGCUUUAGUAUCCUUAAAAUUGUGUUGAUGCAGUUGUGUGUUUGUAUGAAACAAAUUGUAUUUAUUUUUAUUAAAAUUAUUGUGAGAAAGGUG